GCCGUGUCACUUCCCGGAAGUGCUCCGAGCUUCUCAGGCGGCCAGAGGCGUCAGAGGCCCCUCUUGUUAGCUCCAAAAAGAACCUUCAUAACAAGAAUGCCAUCUCCUCUGGGUCCCCAACACCUAUCCCUCAGAGACUGCGAGACCACCUUUGAGGAGCCUGAGGCUGCACGACUCAGAUUCCGAAGUUUCUGCUAUGAGGAAGUAGAGGGUCCCCGAGAGGCACUGACCCAGCUUCGGGGAUUGUGUCACCAGUGGCUGCAGCCUGAGUCAUGUUCCAAAGAGCAGAUGAUAGAGUUGCUGGUUUUGGAGCAGUUCCUGGGUGUGUUGCCCCCUGAGAUCCAGGCCUGGGUGCGAGGGCAGCGACCAGGAAGCCCUGAGGAGGCUGCAGCCCUUGUUGAGGGGCUGCAGCAUGAUCCUGGGCAACUGCUGGGCUGGAUCACAGCCCACAUCCUGAAGCCAAAGCUGCUUCUUACAGUCCAGAAGAGGAAGGAAUCCUCAGGGAGCCACCACAUCUCCGUUGCAACGGAAUCCUCUGAGGCAGGCCCUGCAGAGGCACCACAAGAUGCCAGGAUAGACAAAGCUACCCAAAUCAAUUGUGGUGUGAAGGAGGAAACCAGUGCUGAUGGACAGGAGAUGGUAUCUGCAAGCCCUCUCUUUCCAGCCCAGGCCCUUAAGGGACAUCUUGAACACCAAGAACCAGCCUCCACAUCCUUCCAACCUGGAAGGAUCCAGGAGUGGGGCCUGUUGGACUCGUUACAAAAAGAGCUGUACUGUGGCGUGAUGCUGGAGAAGUAUGGCAUAGUGGCAUCUCAGGAAAGCCUGCCACUGCUAGAGCCAGAGAUGCAUGUUGAAUCUGAGCUGAGGCCAAAACAGGAGAUGCCACAUGCAGGACCGGAGUCCCUCAGGAGCCAUCUCCCGGAAGUGGGAGCCAUUGCAGUUGAAGCCUGCCCAUCCUCUCAAAGUGAGAGCCUGAGCCCUUGCAUGGACCCUCCAGGCUUGUCUCCUGCACCACUACAUGAAGCCUCCGUUAAGGCCACACCUCGGAAACUGUACACUUGUGAGCAGUGUGGCCUCAGCUUUGAUUGGAAGUCAGUUUUUGUCAUCCACCACCGCACUCACAUGGGUGGGUCAGGCAUAGAAAGACCACCACAAAUGGCCUGGGAGCCAGCAAUACGGCGACCCCCUGGCCUUCCGGGCUAUACGUGCAUGGAGUGUGGGCACAGCUUCAGCUGGAAGUCACAGCUAGUCAUCCACCGCAAGAGUCAUACAGGCCAGCAGCGCCACUUCUGCCUGGACUGUGGGUGCAGCUUUGAUUGGAAGUUUCAGCUGCUCAUUCAUAAGAAGAUCCACCAGCCAAAGGGUCCAUGAACAGCCAGAGAGAGCUGUCUCACCUGAAGUGCCUCUAGCAUCUAAAGCAGCACUUGAGGCAUCCUCUUCAACCAAGAGAAGGUUCUGAGGGACCCCAAGAAGAUUCCCUGUCCAAUGCCAGGCUAUCCAGUGUAAGGAAAAGAGACUGUUCCCUGCCUUCUCCCUCUGCUUUGUGGAGCCAGGCCUGGGCUGGAUCUUAUUUAGCUAUGGCUGAGGUCCAGCUUGUGAAAGGGGAGGACACACACUGUUUCGGGAUGCUCAGAAAUUGUCUUAGGCCCCUCCUUACAGUGGCUGGGCAAGGAGUCUCUGAAAGGUACUGAAAACCAACAACUGCCUUUCCAUCCUGCUGUAUGUGACCCUCAGAAUAAUGUGCUAGAUUUCUAACAUAAGUCUAUAACACAGAUUUCUGAGAAGAAUCCUGACUUCUGGCUCCCACCAAUUUUAAAAAAGAGAGAGAGAUGGAGAGAUCGCUCAGAGGUUAAGAGUGCAAAGAUCCUGAGUUCAAUUUGCAGCAACCACAUGGUGGCUCACAACCAUCUGUAAUGAGAUCUGGUGCUGGUGCCCUCUUCUGACAUGUAGGUAUACAUGCAGGCAGAAUACUAAUAAGUAAUAAAUUUAAAAAAAAAAAAAAAAAAAAAAAAAAAAGGCCUUGUGCGCUGACUGGUGGCCACAGGAACCACAGGGCAGCUAAGCCUGGAAAGUCCAAUUAGUCAGUUCUUUCUGCCAGUCUGCCUAGUUCCUUGGCCACACACAUUGUUCACCACCUCCCUGGCUUUUGAAUUCUUGCAUCUGGACUUGGAUGAAAAAUAAGUGACAUUCCUUUGGAAGUAUGAGUGGCUUCUGAGAAGUUAGGAAACAUGGGUCCCUAAGGGUCAGGGCUAUCACACAUGGCCAGUUCAUUAAACUGUAGGGCAAAGAGCCACUCCCUGUUCCCCAGGGGACUGUGACCCUCUGGACAGUUAGGUUUUAUCAGUGCAUGGUGUCCUAUUAACUGUGCCUGUAAACUAGGUGGAUCAAAACAGAUUUACGUACUAAUUUUCUCAACAUCAAAGUUCUGGAGCAUAUCGCACUCGAUCAAAGUUGUUAGUAGGGUGGCAGGCUCCCCCUGUGAGCUGUAGAAACUACCUGAAACCCUUGGUCUAUGGCCCUUUUCCCCCUCUUUGGCAGUGGGCAGUUGUUUACCUUGUUGAAUCAUUGACACUCUGAUUUCUACUUGCAGAGCCUUUGCAGUGGUGUGGGGCCCCUUAGAUAUUCCUCUUAAAGUCAGAUGAUAGGCAGUAGAUUUUAUUUUGUUUGAGACAGGCACUCCUGAUGUAGUGUACACUGGCCUCUAACUAGGGAUUCUCCUGUCUCCAUUUCCUAUGGGUUGGAACUAUAGGCUUGUACAACCAAGCUCAGGUUCUUGUUUUUUGUUUUUUCAAGACAGGGUUUCUCUGUGUAGCCUUGGCUAUUCUGAACUCACUUUGUAGACCAGGCUGCCCUCGAACUCACAGCUAUCCACCUGCCUCUGCCUCCUAAGUGCUGGGAUUAUAGGCUUGCACCAGCGCGCCCAUCCACCCAGGUUGUUAUUUUUAAAUUCUCUGUGUGUGUUUGAGAUGGUCUCAGUUUAAUACCCAGGCUGACCUCAAACUCUUCUAUAGUCCUCUAGCCUCAGCCUCCUGAGUAGUGGGAUUAAAGGUGUGUACCAUUAAGGCCAGACUAAGACUUUAAAUAAUUUUUAAUUUUAAAAUUUAGAAAUAUGGAGCAGGAUUCAAUGUUGUAGGCAGAUCUCUGUUAGUUUGAGGUCAGAGUGGUUUACAUAGUGUAUUUCAGAACAGCCAGUAGUUAUGUAGUAAGAUCCUGUCUCAAAAAUAAGAAAUAAGUAAAUAAAUUCUAGAGAUGGGCAUAUCAAAGUGUCUUCUAGAAACUUAAAAUUUCAACACUAUCCAUUCUUGCUCACUACUCUAGUUCAUUCUUUGUUGUUUUUUUAGAGGUGUGUGUGUGUGUGUGUGUGUUAUUGUGUGUAUGUAUACCUGGAAGCCAGAAGAGGGUAUCAGGGUCUUCUACCUAUUCAUCUCUGCUUGUUAAUAUUCAUGCUGGAACCCAAGCUGCAGUUCUGGACUUGAACUCUGGUCUUUAAAGGUGCUUUUGACUGCUGAGCCGUAUCUCUGCUUUACUGGACAGAACAUUAUGGAAGUGUUUGUUCAUUCAGUCUGAGUCCCUCCAACUGUUCAUAUGUGGCUCUUCUUUCCUGUCCAGAAGGGUAUAUGCCGUCCCUGUUCUACCUGCACCUGGUCACGAAUUAGGUUUGCAUUUUCAUGCACUCUUUAGAUCAUAUGCCUAUUCAUUAUAUUUGUCCUAGACAACUGAAGAACAGUAUCAGUUCAUAGAGCAGGUUCCAGAAACUGCUGUUCACAUUGUUGUUUCUUUUGUUUUGUUUGAGGGGAGCUGAAAGGAUCUCUCCAUAUAGCCCAAGCCUGCCCUCAGGUCUGUUUAUUUAGUGUGUGUGCAUCUGUGUGAGUUUGUGUGUACCAUAUGAAUGCAUAGUGUCCACAAAGGUCAUAAAAGAAAAAAUCUCCUGAAACUGGAGCUACAGGUGAUUGUGAGCCACCACAUGGGUACUAGAAACCAAACCAAGAUGCUAUUCAGGAUCAGCAAGUGUUUUUAACCACUGAGUCAUAUCUCCAGCCCCCUGCCUUAAGUUCUUGAUCCUUGGUGGCGUCUUUUUGUUUUAUUUUUCAAGGCAGGGUUUUUCUGUGUAACAGCCGUGGCUGUCCUGAAACUCUGUAUACCAUACUGGCCUCAAACUCACAGAUGUCCACCUCUUUCUGCCUCUCAUGUGCUAGGAUUAAGGGCAUGCACCAGAAGGCUGUCUUAAUUGUCACACAGUUUGUGUUUUUCAUAGUUGGUCAUGGUGCAUCCCUGUAAUCCCAGCAGGUGGGAAGGAAAAGGCAGAAGGAUCAGGAGUUCAAGGUCUUUCACAGCUACAUAGAGGUUCCAGCCUGCAUUAAUGAGACCCUGUCUGAUAAACAAAACAACCUAAAAAUAAACAAAAUUGGUAUCAUCUUUUGGUGGUUUUUCUAAUCAUAAUAAAUUUGGAACAAAAGACAGAA